AAUCACAGGAAAGAAAUUAGAAUCUGAACUGUUUUGUGAAUCAUGCGAGGUAGAAAAUUCGAAAACGUCAGCAAAUGGAGUAUGCCAGGAAUGCAAGGAGUAUAUGUGUGCCACGUGCUUCCGACAUCAUUUAAAGAGCAAACGUACAAGACACCACAUUUUGCUUUCCCUUGAAGAGUUUUCGCCACUUACGCUAGAUUGUGGAUCAGAAGAUGUCAUCAAAUGUAAGAAACACGACGAUGAAAUCAUCAAAUUUUACUGUCGUUUACAUGAUGUCGUUGGAUGUGGAGACUGUAUAGUUUUAGAACAUACAUCAUGUAAACCGGAAUAUAUCAAGGACUUGGCGAAGACAUUCAGAGAUGGGGAUGUAUACAAAUCAAUUGUAAAACGAGCUGAAGAUCUUAGAAAGAAAAAAUCAGAUUACGAACAAGAGAUUGAAAUAAGUAAAGAAGGAAUAGAAAAGAUGAAUGAAAAUGCACUUGUAGAAAUCCGUAAAUUUAGAAAGGAAAUAAAUGAAUGUUUGGAUGGAGCAGAGGCAAAUCUCAUGUCGGAAAUGAAGGAAAUGAGAAAGGAAAACACAGCGAAGCAGGAAAAGAUUACAACGGGUUUGCAGUCGUUAACUUCUGAGCUACAGACGAUGACACAUAUGCUCAACGCACAGCUGCACCACGGGAAUGCAUUAUUUAUCAACGCAGUUAAUUGUAGGUCGAAACUUGCCGAUAUGGAAACGAUGUACAAAAAUACAACAAAAGAAAGGACGUUAAAGGGAUUUGGGUUUGUCCGAAACGAGACUAUGGCUGAGCUGUUGAAAGCUGCAGAACCUUUAGGGAGGCUCAUUAAAAGUUUUACAAAAAGAGAGUUUGUGGUUGGUUCUCGUGUACGCCGUGGUCCGCACUGGGCCCUAUUAUGGAAAUCAGAGUUUUCAAACCUUUCACUAGGAAGUGUAUCUGGAGAUGUCACCAGAUAUGAAAAACACAAGAAUGAAAUCAUCAAAUUUUAUUGCCGUUCACAUGUUGCCGUCGGAUGUGGAGAUGGUAUAAUAUUAGAGCAUACAACCUGCAAACCUGAAUAUAUCAACGACUUGUCGAAAACAUUUAAAGAGGGAAAUAUAUAUAAAACAGCUGCGAAACGAGUUGAAGACAUUGAAAAAAAGAUAACAACUUAUGAACACCGACUUGGAAAGAGUGGAGACGAAGUUGAAAAGAUGUAUGAAAAAAACUAUUAA